AUGGCGGCCGUCAACAUUCCUGGAAUGGUUGGAAUCGUCGCCUUCUACCUCUUCAUCCUGGCAGUGGGUAUCUGGGCGGCGAGGAGGUCGAAGAAGACGUCAGCGAGGAACCACGCGAACGGCACCAUGACUGACUCCGAGGAUGUCAUGCUUGCAGGCCGCGACAUCGGUCUUUUUGUCGGCGUCUUCACCAUGACUGCCACGUGGGUCGGUGGAGGGUACAUAAACGGGACAGCCGAAGGCGUCUACGACCCCAAAAAAGGCCUGCUUCUGUGUCAAGCUCCAAUUGGAUACGCGCUCAGCUUGGUCAUUGGUGGUCUGUUUUUUGCCAACAAGAUGCGUUCUUUCGGCUACGUGACGAUGCUGGAUCCACUUCAGGCGAAGUACGGCGAACGAAUGUGCGGCUUACUCUUCAUUCCCGCGAUGCUGGGAGAAAUAUUCUGGUCGGCUGCCAUUCUCUCGGCCCUGGGAUCGACGAUCGCCGUGGUGAUCGGCAUUGAUGGCACCAUUUCGGUGAUUGUCUCAGCGUGCAUCGCCCUGCUGUACACCCUCUUUGGCGGUCUCUAUGCUGUGGCCUACACCGACGUGGUCCAACUCUUCUGCAUCUUUGUUGGAUUAUGGGUUUCCCUGCCCUUCGCAAUGACCAACCCGGCGGUCCACUCCAUCGCCGCCAACUCGACCCGCUGGAUCGGUUCCAUAGCUGCUCAAGACGUCGCACUCUACAUCGACGAUCUGCUGAUGCUAACUUUGGGUGGAAUACCGUGGCAAGUCUAUUUCCAGCGCGUUCUGUCAGCUCGAACUGCACGAAGUGCUCAAAUGCUUAGCUACAUGGCGUCCUUCGGUUGCCUAGCAAUGGCCAUUCCACCAAUUCUGAUUGGUGCAGUAGCAGCAAGCGCAGAUUGGCAGGCGGCUGGAUACAACGGCACGAUUAACAAUGUGAUCAAGGAAUCAGAGCGCAAGCUCGUUCUGCCUCUGGUGAUCCAGUACCUCUGCCCCCCAGCCAUCUCCUUCAUUGGACUGGGCGCCAUCUCGGCCGCCGUCAUGUCAUCCGCCGACUCGUCCGUUCUCUCAGCGGCCUCGAUGUUCGCGCACAACGUCGUGCAGCCACUGUUCUGGCGUGGCGCCACUGAGCGUCAGAUCAUCGUGGUGAUGCGCGUCAGCAUCUUCGUCGUUGGCGCCCUGGCCUGCGUACUGGGCAUCAUGAUAGAGUCCAUCUAUGAGCUCUGGUUCCUGUCCUCUGACCUCGUCUACGUCAUUCUCUUUCCCCAACUCGUCUCGGUGCUGUUUGUGCCGUUCACCAACACUUACGGCUCAUUCACAGGCUUCUUUGUGGGGAUCUUCUUGCGUUUAACAUCAGGAGAAAAAACUCUAGGCUUGACUCCCCUCUUCUUCUACCCCGGCUACGACUACGAAACCAAACUCCAGCGCGCGCCAGUCAAAACGAUUGCCAUGCUGGGUAACCUCCUCGUCAGCACGUGCGUCGCCUACCUCAUGCACCGCCUCUGGCUUGCCGGCAAGCUGAAGGGCAGGCUGGAUUUCUUCCAGUGUAUGAGACGCGAACCACGUCAGCCACAGACGAUUGUGAUUGGUGUGGACGAAUCCGGCGCCUCUGGACACCUGACCAGUCAGGACAACGCAUGCGAGCUCGAGGCUGUAGCGCCUCUGGGCGAUGCACCGACCAACGGCAAACAGUGUGCAGAAGAUGCACAACUAGACUAG